AACGGCGGGAAAACAUUUGUCACUGUGAUGGUAAAACUGUCAAAAACUGCCAUUGUACUUGUACUGUUAGCUUUUUAGAUCACGGCGGUUUUAUUUACAAAUAAUUCGUGACGUUUCAUUUCAAUAAAUGUAAAAAUCUAUUCAUUUUCUUACUAUAAAUAAAAUUCAGUGCCUUAGUCCUAAAUUAUAAAAAUGAGCUCUGGUGAUAUUCAAGAUAUGCCACGCACAACCAGAAGAUCUUUAAGGACGAUUCAAAGUACUGCAACGGACACCGAAAAUUUGGUGGGUAAACCAUCAAAUAGUCCUAAACAUCAGUUAUCCCGAGAAUCUCCUGUCCUCGACAUAGCUCCUCCAGUAAAAAGGAAAAGUCCAUCUCACAAGAAAAUUCAAGCUAACCUUGACGACAAAGUAUCGGUUGAUGAUUUGACCAAUCCUAAAACAGCUUCUAAAAAUUACUGGAAAGCUUUAGCUACUAAGAGCCAGUCGGCUUUGCAAGAAGCAUUAAGCCAGAAUGAGAAGCUUCAUGAAACAAUAGAAGAACUUAAGGAGGAGAUAGUUAAGCUCAGGGAAAUGUUGGAAGAAGCUAAUGCCUUUGUGGAAGUUGUUAAGGAUUUAACCAAUAAUACUAAUGAUGACACAGGCAUUGAUGUCAAUGAUGUCAGCCAGACCGAUUCUCUGGAUGACACACAAAAAACUGAAGAUGGCAAUGAACAAACUUCUUUGUAGACAAUAAUUUCUUUAUUUCUAGUUAUGUAAGUUAUAUUCUGUACAAUCAAUAUAUUUGACAAUAAUCAGAUUUUAGGUGAGGGCAGUAUUGCACAUUAAUUUACUAUUUCUUUAUUAAAUUUAAUUUAAAUCGAAAAUUGAACCUUACCCAAAAAUUUGAUUGUAAGAAAUAUGUGUUUUCCUAUAUUUAGUUGU